AUGAAAGACUGUGAAGCAAGACCGGCCACCCACUGGCCGAAAUACGAGGAGCUUAACCAGUUCGCUUGGCGCGUCAUUUUCCCGGGCCUGAUCUGCUGCGGCACGCGCGCUCCCAUCCUCUUCUCUUGUACUGCACUGAAUGCCAGCUCGAUGGUGCUGGAACAGCCAGCGAAGCUGACAUUCUUGUCAUGGAGUGGCAAGGGCAAGAAGAAGCAAUCCGAGGAGCGGCUCCAGUCUUUACUGCGACAUCAGCACACCGCUCUGGCCGGCCACAGGAGACAGAGAGAGCACAAGAGAGCCCAGCGCGACAAGGCUGAUCCUCAAGCAUCCGUCGCUCCCUCAAAUUCGCCAGGACAGCUCUCAGACUUGGGCACCGACGCCUCAUUGAGCCUCACGUGGAGUGCUACUCCAGCAACGAGCAAUCAUCUCAGUUAUGACUUCGAAAGAUUCCCCUCUCCUGUCACGGUGUUGGGCACGAAUCUUUUCGACUCUGUCCACACUAACGGCGAUGUGAAGCUCUCAAAAGAGUUCCAGAGCGUGCUUCAUGAUGCCUUACUCCAUCAGUGGCCGGCGUUUGCCUUAGGGACCAACGAGCAUGCCAUCGUGGAAGUGCGUAGAGCCGCGUUCUCUACCUCGGCGUUGUCGCCGCACACGCUCUUCGCCAUCAUCUAUGCUGGCGCGUGUUACCGAUCCUACUUCAGGAACGCUGUGCCGGGCGACAAUUUGCUCCAGCUACAAGCCAAACAGCAAGCGCUGGCUUGUCUUCGAGAAGCAGUGCAACAGGGAAAACCUACAGACGAAAUGCUGAUGACUAUAGCGCUCCUGGCCAUCCAUGGUUCUGUGCAGCCAUUGAAGCGCCCGCGGUUCACGGCACCUCUGUACAGAGAUAACGAGUUCUACUCGAAUGUGAAAUUUGAUCAGACCCAUUUGCGCGCAUUGCGAACGCUUGUCGGUCAAAGGGGAGGCUUGCACGAGCUUGAGAUCCACGGGUUAAGUAAUAUCAUAUCAAUGAUCGACACGUUCCAGAGUCUCAUGUGUCUGAGCAGACCGCGAUUCGAAUCUCUGUAUCCCGCCCCAGCACUUUCUGAAACACUGCAGGAAACAUGGGAUGAUGUUACGUGGACGCGGUUCGCUAACCAAGAAGACGGAUUCCAGUUCCUCGACACCUAUGACGAUGGCUUCCAGUUGCGCCGCAUCAUCUGCCAGACUCGAAUCCUCCUGGAGACGUACUCACUCUUUCUCCGCAAUCCGCGACAAGCUCCGGAUUUGAUGCUCGCGGUUCACACCCGCCGCUCUUUACAGCAUGCAGCCUUAAUGCUGGAACGCAGGGCCGAGUGUCUCUUCGAGGCUGCACGGGUUGCGACCAUCAUCUUCCUUGCCGAACUUGGGUGGACAUUGCCAGUAGUUGGCGGGUUUCAAGACACCGCCACAGCGCUUCUCCUCCGGGCGUUGAAAGAGUGCCGUCUCCAACAGUGCUGGCAAACUCAUCCUGAUUUUCUAGUAUGGGCAACAGUGAUUGGUGGCCUCGCGGCGCAUCAAAGCCCUCGACUUCGAGAUUUCGCCGAAUUGCUACGAGAGGCGUCCAUGCCGGUGUCGAAGGACUCUUGGCUGCAUGUCAAGUCCCUUUCACUGAAGUUUUUGCCCUUCGAGUAUGAACUUACUGCUACCUGUCAUGCUUUCUGGGAUGAGGCGUGCGACCCGCUGUCAAGCGAGCUGGUGACUUGA